AUGUUGAUUGUUAUAAACACCAAUAAUGAAUUAACGGUCGUUAAAAAUGGAAUGAAUAAUGUCGUUACUUUCUAUACGCUUUUUGGUCACGACAUUUUUUCAUUUUCGUUAUCGCGGAGGCAUUGUUUACAGUGCCCGCAAUUGUAUUUGUCGGUUACGAUAUUAAUUGUUUUUUAUGGCAUUAUGAAUUUUACUACUAAUGAAGUUAAAAAAUUUUCUAAUAUCUACAAACAAAUAGAAAAAUUAGGUUAUAAAUAUUCUUUGUCGUAUGGUACUUUGCCUCUUUUAGAAAAAUUGAUUAAAGAUUUACUAAUAUCUAAGGAACAAAUUAAACAUUACAAGCAAAUUAUUGAAAAAGUAGAUAAGGAAAAAAUUAAUUUAAAGAAAAGUUUAUUACCAUAUCAAGAAGAUAAUGGAAGGUUGGUUAUAGAAAAUAGUGAUUUACAAGGGCAAUUAUUUAAAUUAAAACAAGAGCAUGAAAAAGAACUUCAAGAUUUUAAAAGAAAAACCAGGAAAAACGAACUCAAAUUGGCAGAUUUAGAAUUUAUGCACAGGGUGACAUCCGAUAGGGUGAAAGAAUUAAUAACGAAAAAUAAAAUUUUAACUUUAGCAUUAAAAAAUUCAGGUUCUAUAAGUGCAGUUAAGCCUUUGACUCUUGAUGAAAAAGAAGAAAAUUGUAAAUUGUGGUUGGAAAAACAUGAAAAAAAUGAUGUCGGUGUAAAUUGUAAGCUCAUCGAAAUGGAAGGAAAACGUUCAGAUUUAUUGGAAGAGUUAGAUGAAUUAAAAUUAGAAAAUCAACACCAAUCAGACAUAAUAGCAGCUCUCAAAUGUCAGAUUACUCAGAAAGACAGAGAAAUAAGCAGGCUAAAACAUGCAUUGGAAGGAGGACGUCCUUUAUCUGCAAUCAAUAAAGAAAGUUGUUGUUGUCAAUGUAAGCAGAAAGAUUGCAGAAUAAAAUCUCUUGAGGAGCAGUUAGAAGAAGCUGUCGAAAAGCAACAUGAAGCCAUGAAUAGAGCCUUGAAUUUAGCAGAAAGAAAUCAACAUUUAGAAAGAGAAUUAAAGGAUAUUGAUCACAUGGCACUAGCAGUAGAAGAAGAAUGUCAAAACAAAGUUAAAAAUAAUUUAAAAAAUCUUGAUAUUAUGGGAGAAAAACUUAUGGAAAAAAAUGAAGAAAUCAAAAAAUUAGAAGAAAUAAUAUUAAGUAUGAAAAAUCAAAUUGAACGUAACGAAUUCGAUUCGAAAAAUUUACUUAAAGAAAAACAAAGAUUGGAAGAAAAUCUACAAACCGUGACGGGGGAAAAAAAACAAUUGAAUGACAAAAUAAAUUAUUUUUUAUUAAUAGAAAAAAAUUUAAAUUCGGAAAUUUCGCGUAUGCAAGAAAUAAACAAAAGUUUACAGAGGCAAUUGAGUGACAUGGAAGAAAAAGUCAUGGAUAUAUUGGGUACUUCGUGUAAGAAUUCUCAAAAAGGAAUGCCUAAAAAAUACAAUUAUGCUCUCGGUCUUCCUAAUACUAAGAUGCCGACCGUAUUUAACGAAAACAAAACGGUUUCGAAAUUAUGUAAGGAAAAUAAAAAAGAAAAAGAUAAAGAUUUAAAUGAUUGUUUGCAUAAAAAUUAUAGCAUAUCAUUAUUUCACAAAGUACAAGAAGAAAGAGAUUUUUAUCAUAAUGAAUGUCAUCGUUUAAAAAAUCAACUCGAUUGUUAUCCCGUUCGACCCGAUGGGAAUGCGGAAUUAUUAAAGCAAAUAAGAGAGUUAGAAAAAGAAAUAAGAGAUUUAAAGAAGGAUAAUUUCGUUUUGAAACGUGAAAAUUCUUCCGUUUUGAAAAAAAUGGAGUAUAACGAUCACUUGUCUUGUUCCUCUGGAGAUUCUAUUAAAAUAAUAUUGGAUAGAUUGGAAAAAGAACGGGAUAUGGCACUUUCGGACAUAUCAAGAUUGCAAGGUGAAAGGGAUGCGCUCAGAGAAAGAAUCAGAUUAUCGAAAGAAAAUCAAAUGGGAGAAAUGUCGAGACUCGAAAGGAUCAUUCGCGAAAACGAAGAUAGGAUACGACGUUUAGAAGCGGAAAGAAGGGAUUUGAUAAGCAGUCAAAGUUCGCAAAGAACAUUACAAGAACAAACGGACAGGUCAUUUUCAGAGAUACAAAAUCGAUUUUCUCAAAUCGAAGUUGAAUUACGCGUGUCAAAUAAUAAAGUACUCGAAUUGGAAAGAAUAAAUAGUGAUUUGGAGAGCGAAAUAACGUGCCUGAAAAAGGAAAAGGCGAGUCUGAUAUCAAACAUAUCGUACGUCGAAAAGGAAAAGGAUGGUUUACUGAUAAAUUUGGAUGAGAAAACGGAAAAAGUUGCAAAAUUGGAAAUGCAAUUAAAAAAACAGGACAGUUGCAUCGCGGAUCUCAAAGAUGCAAUAUGCCAUCUUGAAAAAAAAUUCGAAUUUACGAUGAGCGAGAAAACGAGUCAGGAUUACACGUUCAGGAGUUUGGAAAGGGAAAUUGAUAGGUUGAAAGAAGAACUCGAACAGUGCGAAUUGCAAAAGGAAGCUUUGAUACGUGAAAAUCGACGGUUGCAAGACGAUUUGGCAUCCGCGGCAAAAGAUUGUCUAACGGCAAGAAGAGAAUUGGAUUUGGAAAAAGAAGAUUGUGAAAAUUUGAAAAAACAACUUCAGCAAUACGUGUCGGAAGUGAAAAAAGCAGAAGAAUUGCUCACUAAAAAAGAAUCGGAAAGGAAUCAAAUGUUGGAUCAUUUUCGCAGCCUGAGCAUCGAAGCGACGGCUCUGGAAUCGAACAAUCACACUCUGGAAUCAACUGUGGAAAACACAAAAUCACAAUUGAUAGCAGCCAACAACAAGAUAAUGGAUUUGGAACACCAAAUCGCAUCCAAGGAUAGCUUGUUGUACAAUUAUGAAAAACAGAUAGCCGAAUUAACGGCGCAAAUAGCAGAAUUAGAAUCGAAAUUGAGGCAACAAACGGAAAUGAAAAUUCGUUCGGAACAAGAUCUCAAAGCUUUGAGAGAUCUCUGUUCGACUUUGGAUGGACAAAAGGAAGCUUUGAGAAGGCAGGCAAAUUCGAACGAUGCAGAAAAAUUGAUAAACGAAGUUCGACGUCUCAGCGAAGAAUACGAGGGAUUAAAUCAAAAAUUGACACACGAAAGGAGUCUGUCGCAAACAUUGGAAAAAUCAUUGACCAACAGCCGACAGGAAACGUUGGAACACAAGAUAACAAACAAAGAUUUGCAAACUUUGAUACAUCAACUCAGGCAAAAAGUCGAUGAAUUGACGGAAAAAUUGGAUGUGGAAUCACAAGACGUGAGAAAAUAUCAGUCGCAAUGUGCCGAACUGUCACAGCAAGUAAGUGAUUUAAGAAGGGAAGUUACGAAUGCGAGGUUCGAACAAGCGAGAACACUGGAGGAUUCCAGACGGUAA